AUGAGUAAGGAAGGAGGAAAACCACAAGAGGUUGACAUGAAAUUCUGCAUCAAGGCUGUUAAUGACCAAUUUAAAUUGCUGAAUGCGAGAUUGAAUGAUUUGGAGUCCUUUUCCGCUUCUAAAUCACAUAGAAGACAUGAGUUCGACGAAGAAGAUGAAGCUGAUUCCGAAGUGGAGAGAACAAGUUAUAAACGGGCCAAGAAGGUUGACUCUAAAGGAGAUAACAAUAUAGGCAGUAUAAAGAUGGCAAUUCUGACGUUUCAAGGAAAGAAUGAUCCUGAGCUGUACUUGGAGUGGGAAAGAAAGGUUGAGCACGUAUUUGAUUGUCAUAAUUCCUCCGAGGAGAAAAAGGUAAAGCUAGUAGCCAUGGAGUUUAUAGAUUAUGUAGGUAUAUGGAAGUUGCAAGGGUUGGUUCAAGGUUCCAUGAGUGUAGAGGAUUAUUAUAAGGAGAUGGAAAUCGCCAUGAUUAGAGCAAACAUAGAGGAAGAUAGAGAAGCAACAAUGGCUAGAUUCAUUGCCGGAUUGAACAAAAAGAUUGCUGACGUCGUUGAGUUGCAACAUUAUGUAGAGAUGGAGGAGCUACUGCACAAAGCCGUUAAAGUGGAGAAGCAAAUCAAGUCCAAGAGGUUCAGAUCUGGUUUGUCCUCUAGCUCUCCGUGGAGAUCAAAUUGGAAGGACAACAAAGUUGCCUUCAGAACAAAAGAAGAAGCAAAGUCAAAGAAUUCGGUGUCAAGUGACAAUGAGAUGCCACCAUUGGAGGAUUGUUCUGAUGUUGAAGUGGAAGAACCUGUGCAUGGUGAUUUACUUGUUACAAGGAGAGCCCUGAGUAUACAGCCUAAGGAUGAAGGAGAUGAGGAGCAACGUGAGCAUAUUUUUCACACAAGAUGCCAUGUAAAAGAUAAGGUAUGUACAUUGAUUAUUGAUAGUGGGAGUUGGACUAAUGCUGCUAGUACUUUAUUGGUAGAAAAAUUGAAUUUGAAGUGGAAGAAGCAUCCCAAACCGUAUAAGCUACAAUGGUUGAAUGACUGUGGAGAAGUGAAGGUAAACAAGCAAGUUCGGGUUCCUUUUUCAAUUGCCAAGUAUGAGGAUGAGGUUCUUCAUGAUGUGGCACCGAUGUAUGCUGGUCAUAUAUUGCUUGGCCGACUGUGGCAAUUUGAUAGGAGGGUGUCGCAUGAUGGGUACAAAAAUCGUUAUUCUUUUGUAAUGAACAACCGAAAAGUUGUAUUAGCCCCUCUCAAACCUUUGCAAGCUUAUGAGGACCAGAUUAGAAUAGCAAGGGAGUGCAAAAUGAGAGAGAAACAACAGUGUGAGCAAGAGGAAAAUAGAAAGAGAACAAGUGAGGAAUUUGAGGACCUAUUUCCUGAGGAGAUUCCCCAUGGAUUACCUCAUCUAAGAGGAAUUGAGCAUCAAAUAGACUUCAUACUUGGUUCUGCCAUACCAAAUCGACCUGCUUAUAGAGCUAAUCCCGAGGAAAUGAAGGAGAUACAAAGGCAAGUGGAUGAGCUGUUGCAAAAGGGAUUUGUAAGGGAGAGUCUCAGCCCAUAUUCUGUUCCUGUCCUCUUAAUCCCAAAGAAAGAUGGAACAUGGCGCAUGUGUGUGGAUUGCCGAGCUAUUAAUAAGAUAACUAGUAUUAGUGUUGAUAAAGAAAAGGUAAGGGCAAUAAGGGACUGGCCUACACCUAAGAAUGCGAACGAGGUGAGAAGUUUCCAUGGUUUAGCAAGUUUUUAUCGAAGGUUUGUUAAAGAUUUUAGUUCUAUUGCUGCACCUUUGAAUGAACUUGUUAAAAAGAAUGUUAUUUUUAAGUGGGAUGAUGUACAUAACCGGGCUUUCAAAACAUUGAAAGAUAAGCUAACUAAUGCACCUUUGUUGUGUUUUCCUAACUUUGAUAAAGCUUUUAAGAUAGAAUGUGAUGCAUCCGAGAUUGGAAUAGGAGCUGUUUUGAUGCAGGAUUCUAAACCAAUUGCUUAUUUUAGUGAAAAGCUAAGUGGGGCAGCGUUGAAUUAUCCUACUUACGACAAGGAGCUUUAUGCAUUAGUGAGAACUCUUCAAACAUGGCAGCAUUACUUGUGGCCAAGGGAAUUCAUCAUUCAUUCCGAUCAUGAGAGCUUGAAGCAUGAAGGAUUUCUAUUCAAGAAAGAUAAAGUAUGUGUGCCUAUUUGUUCUGUUCAUGAGUUACUUGUUAGGGAAAGUCAUGGGGGAGGUUUGAUGGGUCACUUUGGUGUUCUAAAGACUUUAGAUAUAUUACGUGAGCAUUUUUAUUGGCCUAAGAUGAAGCAUGAUGUACAAUCUGUUUGUGAUAAGUGCAUUACAUAUAGUCAAGCAAAAUCUAAAGUUAGACCGCAUGGCUUGUAUACCCCUUUACCUGUACCUAAUCAACCUUGGAUUGAUAUAUCGAUGGAUUUUGUUUUAGGAUUACCAAGGACUCAAAGUGGUAAGGAUAGCAUAUUUGUUUUUGUUGAUAGGUUUAGUAAAAUGGCUCAUUUUAUUACAUAUUCUAAAACAAACAACGCAACACAUAUUGUUGAUUUGUUCUUUAAAGAAGUGGUUCGUUUGCAUAGGUUGGCUACAACAAUUGUUAGUGAUAGAGAUGGUUGGCGCACUUUAUGGAAUAAAUUAGGAACCAAACUGUUAUUUUCUACUGUUGCACAUCCUCAAACGGAUGGUCAAACUGAAGUAGUUAAUAGGACACUCACUAUUUUGUUGCGUGUUAUCAUUCAAAAGAACUUAAGGCAGUGGGAGAAGUGUUUGCCACAUAUUGAGUUUGCAUAUAAUAGGACUGUUCAUUCUACUUCUUCAUUUUCUCCUUUAAAAAUUGUUUAUGGCUUUAAUCCUUCAACACCUUUGGAUAUUUUACCUUUGCCUACCAAUGAGCAUGCUAAUCUUGAUGGUAAGAAAAAGGCAGAUUUUGUGAAGGAUUUACAUGCCAGAGUUCGGGCCAACAGUAAAACGAAGAAUGAGCAAUAUGCUAAGCAAGCCAAUAAGGGGCGUUUGAAGGUUGUCUUCCAACCUGGAGAUUGGGUUUGGGUGUACAUGCGUAAGGAGAGGUUUCCCACACAAAGGAAAUCAAAAUUGCAGCCUCGAGGAGAUGGACCUUUUCAAGUCUUGGAGAGAAUCAAUGAUAAUGCCUACAAGCUAGAUUUGCCAAGCGACUAUGGUAAUGUUAGUGCAACUUUUAAUGUUGCUGAUUUAUCUUUGUUUGAUGUAGGAGAUUCAAGGACGAAUCCUUUCAAAGAGGAGGGGAAUAAUGGAGAUCGAGGUGCUGACCAAGAAACGAUUCAUUAA